AUGUCGACAUCUGAGCUUCAAGCUGGCAAUGUGCGUCGUUCGGAGCCACAACCCAGUAUUGCUCCAACUCCUUCUGGUCACCUCUCUUCCAAGGCGCCAGUGAAAGAGAUACGUGAGGAACUUCCCGCACCGCCAAAUCCUGUUUACACAGCUCUUUCAUUAUCUCGUCGGCGGUUCAUCCUCGGAAUUAUCACAGUUGCGGGCAUAUUUGGUCCCCUUGCGGGGAACAUUUACCUACCGGCUUUGCCAGUGGUAGGUCGGCAGUUCCACAGAACAGAGGCAGAAAUAAAUAUCACGGUGACAGUGUUCAUGAUUGUGUUUGCUUUUGGAAAUUCCUCACAGCCCUUGAUCUGGUCAAGCUUUGCGGAUUGGAAAGGACGCAGACCACUCUACAUCGUCUCCAUCCUAGUCUACAUUUUGGCAAAUGUGCUUCUUGCAGCCGUCCCAGCCAACUAUGGGGCGCUUAUUGUUCUUCGGGUAGUGCAGGCGUUUGGAUCGUCUGCUGUUGUCUCGCUGGGAGCCGGCACCGUGGCGGAUCUCAUCCAGCAAUCUCGGGUGUUGCGUUAUGGCUUCUCCUCGUGUUUGCGCUCCCUGAAACUCUACGUGCACGUGUGGGGAAUGGGAGUAUAUACACCGACAAGGGCUGGUUUCUCCUUCCUUCCUCCCAAAUUCUCCUCUCCGAUUGUCUCGGAAUCGGAGCGAGGACCUCCCCCUCCCAAGCCUACCUUGAAAGGAUACUGGAAGCUCUUCCAAUACCCCCCAAUUGGCAUCACGUGCAUGAAUACCGCCAUCCUCUACUCUUCAUAUUUCUGCAUUGCCAUUCAACUGCCAUCCGCUCUUGGUGAUGUCUAUCACUGGUCAAGCAGUGAGGUUGGUGCUGGCUAUGUUGUCGUAGGAGUAGCCAUGGUGAUUGGAUCUAUUUCAGGAGGCCAUUUUUCUGACUGGAGACGUAAGCGGUCAGUUCAGGCCCUUGGCGAGAGUAAUGUUCACCCCGAAGCACGUUUGAAUGACCAGAUCUGGGGACUUCUUCUAGCUUCGGCUGGGCUAAUUAUGUUUGGGUUCUUCGUGGAGCAUGCGCUUCACCCGGCUGCUACUUUGAUUUCAACCUUCCUCGUUGGAUUUGGAAUGUCGUGGAUGUUUGUUGCGUCAAACGCAUUUUUGACUUUGUGUCUUGCGCAGCAAGCCGCUGGUGCUUUUGCUUUAGGCAACAUGUUGCGCAGUCCCGCUGCUGCUGUAGCGGCGGCCAUCAUCGCGCCUCUUGUACAGAAAAUGGGUUGGGGCUACUGUUUUCUGGGUUUGGGAAUUCUAAACUUGGUUGGGAUAGGUUCCAUGCUGAUUGUUCUGCGAACGCAAUCCGCUCGAUGGGCAAAGGCAAGACUGUCUAAAGGGAUGCAAAGUGGGCACCAGAAUAGACCUCCAAAGUCACAAUGA